AUGGAGAAGUCGAAAAGUUUCCGUAUCGAUGCGCUGCUCGCGCCGCGCGCUGGAACUGACCCACCGUCCCCACCGCCGCCCGUCCGCGCGCACCCAGCCGCCUUCCUGGACGCGCCGCCUCCGGCGUUAGCGGGCCUGGCCGGGGUGCGCGCGCACGGCGGCGCGGCGGGCGCGAGCGUGUUCGGGCACGCGGGCUUCGGUUACCCCGCGCUGGGGCAGAUGGGUCAGAUGGGAGCGGUGGGGCAGCACGCGGCGCUCUCCUACCCGCACGCGUACCCCGCGGAGGCCCUGAAGCUGAGCGCGAGCUCCCUGCAGCUGGAGCAGUGGCUGCGCAUCAACAGCGCGAGCAUCAAACUGGCGGAGCUGCACUCUCAGCCUCAGUCUAAUCUCUUGGGAAAGUGUCGGCGGCCUCGAACAGCCUUCACCAGUCAGCAGCUGCUGGAGCUCGAACAUCAGUUUAAACUCAACAAGUACCUGUCCCGCCCCAAACGCUUCGAGGUGGCCACAGCGCUCAUGCUCACUGAGACACAGGUAAAAAUCUGGUUCCAGAACAGACGCAUGAAGUGGAAGCGCAGUAAGAAAGCCAAAGAGCAGGCCACGCAGGAGGAGAAGCAGAAGGGCGCAAAAGCGGCGGAGGAGAGCGGCAGCGGAGGAGCAGGAGGAGCCGCAGGAGGAGCGGAGAGGGAGUUUCAGAAAGCGGAGGCGCCGAAAAGCAACAGAAUCCGGGACUUUAGAGACAGUGAGGCGGAGGAGGGAGACUCGUACCUGUACAACUCCUCUGAGUGCUCCUCGGAGGACGAGCGCCCGCACACCGACAGCAGCCCCCAGCACUGAGCACAGACCCACCACGAACUGCAUGACCUGCCCCUCAGCCAGCCCUCUGUCCCCCACUGACCCUCAC